AUGAGUCAUAGUUUCUUUGACUACAAGUCUUUCAAAACGUUAACCAUAAAAAAGGAUGAGUUAAACCCCACUGUGUUAUUUGACAUUACCACUGACAGCCAGCUCUUGGGCCAUGACUCCUUUGAGCUGUUUGCAGACAAGGUUCCAAAGACAGCAGAAAAUUUUCGUGCUCUGAGCACUGGAAAGAAAGGGUUUGGUUAUAAGGGUUCCUGCUUUCACAGAAUUAUUCCAGGGUUUACGUGUCAGGGUGGUGACUUCACACACCAUAAUGGCACUGGUAGCAAGUCCAUCUAUGGGGAGAAAUUUGAUGAUGAGAACUUCAUCCUAAAGCAUACAGAUCCAGGCAUCUUGUCCAUGGCAAAUGCUGGACCAAACACAAACGGUUCCCAGUUUUUCAUCUGCACUGUCAAGACUGAGUGGUUGGAUGGUGAGCAUGCAGUCUUUGGCAAGGUGAAAAGAGGCAUGAAUACCGUGGAGGCCAUGGAGUGCUUUGGGUCCAGGAAUGGCAAGACCAGCAAGAAGAUCACCACUGCUGACGUGGACAACUCUAACAAGUUUGACUUGUGUUUUAUCUUAACCACAGACCAUUCCUUCUGUAGCUCAGGAGAGCACCCCUCCACCCCAUUGGCUCGCAGUAUCCUAGAAUCUUUGGGCUCUCGCUGCAGUUCCCUUUGGAUUCUAUGUUUUCCUUGUUUCCUUGCCAUGCCUAGCUGGAUUUCAGAGUUAAGUCUAUGA